AUGAGGACGACAUCGCCGGCUCCGCCAAGGCCAGCACUCCGCCGCCAGGACCACGAAGCCGACACGUCCGCAGAUGCCUUCGACAGCGAGGAAAAGCAGUGCGUGGUAGGUCGCCGCCGCUCGAGUCCCAGGAAGGCCACCGCUCUUCCCCUCCGCCUGAAGCCAAGCUUGCCGUGGAGCGCGGAGCUGCUGCUGGCGUACCAGAGCCUCGGGGUGGUGUACGGCGACGUGGCGACGUCGCCGCUGUACGUGUUCAAGAGCGCCUUCGCCGGCGGGGACAUCGAGCAUUCGGCGGGGAACGAGGAGAUCUACGGCGUGCUCUCCCUCGUCUUCUGGACGUUGACCCUGAUCCCGCUCCUCAAGUACGUCUUCUUCGUGCUCCGCGCCGACGACCACGGCGAGGGCGGCACCUUCGCGCUCUACUCCCUCAUAUGCCGCUGCUGCUGCUGCUCGCCCUGCUCGGGACCUGCAUGGUCAUCGGCGACGGCGUGCUCACCCCUGCCGUCUCUGGUCGCUCCCUCCUCCCUCCUCGUCCUUCCUCCGAGAUUCAGUUACGCCCUUGGUGUAGCAUUGGUUGAUGCCAUGUCAGAGCCUGACGCCUUCUUGUUCCUCUCUGUUGCAGUGUUCUCGGCGGUUUCAGGGCUGGAGCUGGAGCUGGACAAUGAGCAGCACGAAUAUAUAUUGCUACCGGUGACAUGCGCUAUAUUGGUGGGUUUAUUCACCCUGCAACACUACGGCACACACCGGGUCGGCUUCCUUUUCGCGCCCAUCGUUUGCUUGUGGCUUCUCUGCAUCAGCAUCAUAGGGCUCUACAACAUCCUCCACUGGAAUCCCCAUGUGUAUCGAGCUCUUUCGCCAUACUACGCGUACAAAUUUCUCCAGAAGACUCAGAGAGGUGGCUGGAUGUCGCUGGGUGGGAUCCUUCUAUGCGUAACGGGUUCUGAAGCUAUGUAUGCAGACCUUGGACAUUUCUCUCAGUCUUCAAUCAAGAUAGCUUUCACAUCUUUAGUGUACCCAGCUCUGAUACUGGCAUAUAUGGGACAAGCUGCUUACAUUUCAAGACAUCACAAUUUUGAGAAUAUUAAUCAUAUUGGAUUCUACGUAUCAGUCCCAGCCGUUAUUGGGAGUCAAGCAGUUAUUACUGGCACAUUCUCAAUUAUCAAACAGUGUUGUUCCUUAAGUUGCUUCCCAAAGGUGAAGAUUGUGCAUACAUCAUCUACAGUACAUGGUCAGAUAUACAUACCAGAGAUCAAUUGGAUCUUGAUGAUACUAUGCCUGGCUGUUACUAUAGGCUUCAGAGAUACAAAGCACUUGACAAAUGCACAAGGUCUGGCGAUCAUAACUGUAAUGCUGGUCACUACUUGCUUGAUGUCACUGGUUAUUGUUCUUUGCUGGAACAAGAGCAUAGUGUUUUCUCUCGUGUUCCUUCUAUUCUUUGGUGCAAUUGAAGUUCUUUACUUCUCAGCAUCCCUUGUGAAGUUCCGGGAAGGGGCUUGGGUAACCAUCAUGCUCUCCUUAUUUUUCAUGAUAAUGAUGUGCGUGUGGCAUUAUGGUGCCAUAAAGAAGUACGAGUUUGAUGUCGAAAACAAGGUCUCUAUAAGUUGGCUCUUGAAUCUCGGCCCUUCAUUGGGGAUUGUUCGCGUCCGAGGGAUUGGUCUGAUACAUACAGAGCUUAUGUCUGGGAUUCCAGCCAUUUUCUCUCACUUUGUCACCAAUCUGCCUGCAUUUCACCAGGUUCUGGUCUUUCUGUGCAUUAAAUCAGUGCCUAUACCGCACAUCCGACCCGAGGAGCGAUUUUGGGUCGGCCGCGUCGGCCCAAAACAGUACCGUCUAUACAGGGUGGUUGUCCGAUACGGAUACCGCGACGUGCCGAAGGAUGACAUAGAGUUUGAGAAGGACCUAGUGUGCAGCAUUGCAGAGUUCAUCCACUGCGGCGACUCCGACGACCAAAACGGCUCUCUGGACGGUGCCACGGACCAUGCCUGUGAGAGGCUGUCCUCCAUCAGCAAAGGCCUACCAUUUCAGGAGGACGAUGACAGUGAGAUCAACGGGUCAGACUCGUCGAUACUGUCCACGGGCAAGGAGACGUACCAGAACGCGGUAGGACCGAAGGCGAAGAGGGUGAGGUUCGCGCUCCCGAAGGACGCGAAGAUCGACGGCGAGGUCCGCAGCGAGCUGCAGGAGCUGACGGAUGCCAGAGAGGCAGGCAUGUCCUUCAUCACGGGGCGCGCGCACAUGAGGGCGAAGAGCGGGUCUGGCCUGGUGAAGAAGAUCGCCAUAAACUACAUCUACGAGUUCCUGAGGAGGAACAGCCGAGGUUCUGUCACCGCGGCUAACAUACCUCAUGCCUCGACCCUCGAGGUAGGCAUGGUGUGCCAGUAUAUCGUAACGAAAGAGGUAGAGAGGAUUGAUGAAGCAGGAAACCGUUGGCCAGAAGUUGCAGAUCAGAAGUGUGCAUAG